UUCAUUAUAAAGUGAUAUUUGUGUUAGAAAUUCAGUCAUUGUUUCUAAUUUAAAAUUGGCAAUGGAACGGUUCUCGUUUAUUUUUCUUCUAAGUCUCGUGACGGUAUGUACAGGUUUAAAUUUGUAUGAACAACUGACGGCAUUAAAUGCAACCACACUGUUAAGUUUGGUUGAUAAAGCGGGCCUGUCCUCGGUAUUGAAAACCGGCGGAAGCUUUACUCUUCUUGUACCGACCAACCAUGCCUUUUCAAAAUUGCCUGAUGCUGAUCUAGCCGCCGUCACAAACAACCAACAAAAACUUACUGACGUCAUCAAGUAUCACAUGAUCAAUGGCGUUCAUUAUCAAAAGGAGUUUCUGUUCGGAAGACACCAUUUCUACAACAGUACGAACGGUCACGUGAUUAGAGUCUACAGAUCUGCGAGUGGUACACAUUUUAAUCAAGCAACUGCUGUAAAGUCAAACAUAACCGCAUCGAACGGUGUAAUAUACCUCAUCAAUACAGUACUGGACGUACCGGAAGGAACAGUGAUUGAUAUAUUAGGAAACAAGGCCUACAACAUUUCCAAGUUUUUAGCAUUGGUACAUAAGGCAAAGUUAGACGUCAACUAUGCUAUGCCAACUGGAAUAAACAGAUAUACAGUGUUUGCACCAAGUGACGCAGCUAUUGACGCAGUACCAGCUGCUACUAUUCAAAGUCUGUCACAAGACAUCACUAAUCUCAGAAUGCUCAUAGAAUAUCAUGUACACUCUGGAACGAUGCAUGCACGUACUCUUGCGAAACACCAUUUUGUCAGAACAACGCUACCUGCACAUAACAUCUCCGUCACCACGAGUUCAUCUGGAGAUAUCACACUCAACAACAUGGCACACGUGACCCUGACUGAUAUAGAAGCUGAAAAUGGCGUAGUUCACAUCAUUGAUCAUGUCCUCAUGCCUAUGAUUUUAAAUCCAAUUAUUGGUUAGAAUUGAUAUUUCUUUUAUUUGCCACGAUAGAUAUGUUGUUACUGCAAUAUGGUUGUUGUUGACGAAUGUGGUUAUAUUAAUAAAUUUUAGCAAAAAUGCA